CAGUCGCGCGCGGGCGGCCGCGCCGAGAGGUCGCUGUGAAGUCCCGCUCGGUGUGGCUGUCGUCUGAGGAUACGGUGUCGCCCGUCCCCUGCGGAGGGCCGCUGCUUCUGGGAUCCCGUGCCGGGCCCAUUCCGACCGGUGGCGGCUCCAACAAUAGCGGUGUGAUCGCGGCCGAUUUAUAGCGACACGGCGGUGAUCGCUCUCAAGAGGCGAAGGAUUCCGACCGGCCCGGUGGGAGAAUUGCCGGAGUCGGUCCCAGGUGUGUGUUGGUGUGUCUGUGUGUCCCAGAGGGGCUGUGUGUGUGCAGCUGUCAGCAGGCAGCGAGUGGCUCUCCAGCCACCAGUCCCUGCUGUGAUUGGCAGUGAUACGGGUGGUGCACCAGUCGAGCCCGUGGUGGUGACACAGCGUGUCACGCCGUGUCAGAGUGUCAGUGACACGGGGUCAACUGUCAGUGACACCUGCGGAAGGGUGUGUGGAGUGUGUGCUCGGUGACAGUGGGUGCCAUGAGUGGCUGAGUUCCGGCCUGGAUUACGAGCGGACAGGACCACGAGCUCCGAGUCCUGAGGCACCAAGGAUGGAGAACGGCGAGCAACGCAACACAGGUGCUGGUGCCAUGGCGUCGGCGGUCGUUGACCCGGCGGAGCGACCGGGCGGCCGACCCCGUCUAGGUGACCUGAGGUCACACAUCACCUGUGUCCUCUGUGCCGGAUACUUUAUCGAUGCCACCACCAUCGUCGAAUGUCUGCACACAUUUUGUCGGUCGUGCAUCUUGUGCCACCUGGAGUCGAGCAGCUGCUGUCCCGUCUGUGCGGGGACCAUACACCGCACCAAAGGCUCCUCCAGUCUCAGGGCGGACGCGACCCUGCAAACGCUGGUCUACAAGAUGGUGCCGGACCUCUUCAGCCAGGAGAUGCAGCAGAGGAGAGACUUCUACGAGGAGAAGCCCUACGCAGGUGAGUUUCUGUCACACACACAUACCUACGUUUAUCCCGUAAUUCAAUAAUAAUUUGCAUGUUUUCUUGCAAAGGACUUGCUAGACUCCUUCCAAGCAAUCGUUUAAUUAAAACUACUCUAAUAAUCCGAUUAAAACUACACUGGAACCUGAUUAAAGCAUCGGAUGCCACGUCGAUUUCAAUCCCAAAAGCUUUGGUCUCGAGCUGAAAGCCCGACUGUUGUAAAGGAUCUAUGAGCCGGGGCUGAUCCUCUGUGUCGGCUGGCCACCGAUCGUCAGACCCCGUCGGUCUGCCGUCAGACCCGUCGGCCCGUCGUCAGGCCCGUCGGCCCGUCGUCAGGCCCCGUCGCGCCGAGCCCGCUCGGUUUACUGCCCCGCUGGCUAUGCUAAUCUGACGGCGGUCCGGGCUCGGAUCGAUCGCACAACACGUGACCGCACUUUGGCCGACGGAACGCGACACAUCGGGAUUGCCGCGGCACGGUACACAUUGGAUGAGGAAGGGCCACGUCGAGAUCGUCGUGGAUGGGAACAUCGGCAUUGCGUUGGGGCGGGAUACGUUGGGAGGUCAUCGCAUCGAGAACACCUGGGCUGCAUUGCGACUGCAUUGGGAUCGCGUUGGGACAGAAUGCACCAGGAUCGCUGCGGAGUGCAGCACGUAGGAAUAAUCGGUGGAACGCCAUACAUUUUGUUUUUCAAUGGGACGUGUUAUUCCAUUCUAUAAAAACAUGAUAGGAUCAACAAUGAGGUGGGUAUCAGGCGUCCUCUGCAUGUCCCAUUGUCCCAUGUGCACUGCGGGUUUCAGGCAGUGGUUGGAUAAACGCGAUGGCGAACCCAUAUCGGCUGCAUCAGAGCGAGGUGUGGCAGUAGCUCGUUGACUGGUGUAAAAUGAAUGACGUCGCUCAAGAACUUGGAGCGAUAAAUCCUCAGGAUUAAUGGUCGUUAACGGGGAGCUGAUAAUGAAUGCCACUGCAUUAGCUUUGGCAGGAGCCUCCGUUACAGGGCUCGGAGUCCAUGAUUAGAAGAGAUAGAUCAAGCUGAACGUUUGAACGGGCCAGUGCUCUCUCCGUUCACUGAUUAAAUUCAGAGCACCCGUGCCACCCGUCGGUUCCCAGAACUACCGCAUAUAGAGAACGACCGGCCCCUCGUGCCCCGUGGGGCGGCAAGGAUGAAACGAGCUGCCGGUUCGGUGGCCUGCGCCGCGGGUCUUCGGUCGUAUACAAGCCGAUAUAAAUACACACACAGAGGCGGCCCGGGACUCCACGAGGCGGCAGAGUGUGGGUCGGCUCUUCCAGUAACUGAUCUAAAGCGGAACUACCACCAACUGCCUUGGGAAGGCUUCCUACAACUGACGUGAGAAAGGUUUUUUUCUGAUUGAUUUGAGAUGGCUAGUAUUGAUUUUUGCCAACACUCAAUUCAACCGAUAUUAUUCAACGUUUUCAGCCCCUGAAUUCAA